AUGCGGUCGAGCCGAGCGCUCGGGCGUCGCCUGCGAGCCGGCCUCGACGUCGUCUCGUCGUCGGGACGUCGAUCGGAAUCGAUCGGUGGUGGCGUCCUGGACGCGGGCUCGAGCUCGAGCGGUCGGCGCUGUGAUGCGCUCGACGCGCCUCUGGGUCGGCGCCGAGCGUCUGCUCGCGCGCGCGGGCUGUACGGACUCGAGGGGUUUCACCAAUCGAGCGAUCUCGAGCGAUUGGCGCGAGAGACGAUCUCGAGGUGCGAUGCGAAGGCGCGCGAGCUCAGAGCGCGCGCGCCGAGCGGCGCGAGCGUGCGAGCGUUGGAUGAGAUAUCAGAUGAUAUAUGUCGCGUCGUCGACGUCGCCGAGGUGUGCCGACACACGCAUCCGUCGCAAACGUACGUCGAGGGGGCCGAGCGCGCGUACGUGACUCUGCAGGAGUACGUCGCGAGCCUGAACGCAGACGUCGGGCUGUACGAGGCGCUUCGGCGGGCGAGGGAGACAGACGGGAACAAUCUGAGCGAAGAGGGCGCGCGAGUGGCGCUCACGCUUCAGGAAGACUUCGAGAGAGGUGGUAUCCACUUAGAUCUCGCGGCUCGCCGUGAUUUCGACGCUAGUUUAUCGAAAAGUUUGGAACUCGGGAUGGAGUUCCAACGCAACUUGCUUCGUCCCGAGCACUCGAGCACGGUUUCGCUGGAGGCGAGCGCGUUCAAUGGUCUGCCGAGCUCGGUUAAACGGAAAUUUAGACAAGAUAAAGAUGGUAAAGCGUGGAGGGGAAUGGUGGACUCGUCCAAUUCGUCCGCGCUGUUGCGGCACCUGAGGGAUCCCGGAGCCCGAAGAGAUGUGUACGUAGCAGCAAAUUCUGGACCUGAACCGAACAAACAUGUCCUCGCCGAGCUCUUGUCCGCUCGAACCGACGUCGCUCACUGUCUGGGAUUCAACACGUACGCGAGCUUUGCGACGGCGCCCUUGAUGGCGCGAAAGCCAGAGGCCGUUCGCGAGUUCCUCUUACAUUUUUCAGAGAGUCUUCGAGAACGCUCCGAGGAGGAGUACGGGGUGAUUCAACGGUACAAUGGUGGGAAAAGCGUCUCAGCGUGGGAUAAAACUUAUUUGAUGGCACAAGCUCGCGGAUACGAGUGCGAUAUCACUUCGUCCGCGAUUUCGGAAUACUUUCCACUCGACGGUGUCAUCACCGGCAUCGGGGCUCUUCUCGAACGCGUUUUGGGCAUGCGAAUCGAAUUAAAAGACUUGGAUCCAGGCGAAGGAUGGACUAAUGAUUUGAAAAAGCUCGUCGUGAAAUCAAAAGACGGUGAAACGCGAGGCACGGUGUACUUGGAUUUACUCCCCAGACCGGGAAAAUUUAGUCACGCAGCUCACUUCGUGAUUCAGUGCAGUCGCAUGAUUUCUCCAACAGAGCGACAGCAUCCAUCGGUCGCUCUCGUGUGUAACUUCCCUCCAAGCGGUGGAACUGGAAAAUCGUUAUUGACCCAUGGAGAGGUCGAGACGUUGCUGCACGAGUUCGGUCAUGCGAUGCACUCCGUGCUAUCCGACACUGAGUUCCAACAUCUCUCCGGAACGAGAGCUCCGAUGGACAUUGUUGAGGUUCCUAGUCAUUUAUUCGAGCACUUCGCGUGGGAUCCGAGCGCAUUGAAGCUGUUAGGAAGACACUAUCUCACUCAGGAGCCUAUAACUGACGCGAUGAUUGCCGCUCUGCGAAAGUCCAAGGACAUAUUCAGCGCGCUUGAGGCGCAGCAGCAGCUGGUGUUUGCGCUCACAGACUUAGAGCUUCACGAUCAAAGCUCUCGACUGUCGCCGAACGCGGUCGCCGACAUCGCGGCAUCGGUACAAAAUGACCACAGUCUGUUCAAACCCACUCCCGGUACGAACUGGGAGCUUAGCUUCGGACAUUUUGUCGGUUAUGGUGCCACGUAUUAUUCGUAUUUGUACGCAGAUGUCUUAGCGAACGACAUCUGGCAACGCUAUUUUGUGAGCGACAGUCUCGCUUCUGGGGCGGGAGAGACGCUUCGCGAUAAAUUAUUACGACACGGAGGGUCGAAGGAUCCAGAAAAGUUGGUGAGAGAAGUGCUGGGAAAGGAUUCUCUCGUCGAAGUAGGAGGAGGUUUUAGACCAAAGAGAUGA